CCGCCAUGGGCCAACGCCCCCCGUGAGCCCCCCGCCCCCCCCCGGGCCCGGCCGUGCUGGCGGCGGUGGGGGGGUGCGGCGAAGGAUUCCCCCCCCCCCAACCGUGGGACCCCCAAAAGAGCGACAGCCCCCCAGCCAUGAGCGCCCCCCCGCGGUCGGAGCUCGCCGCCGCCGCCGCCGCCGCCCUGCUGCGCCUGGGCGAGGAGCGCCCCCCCGCGGCCGCCAUGAGCCUCCUGCAGCGCAAGGGCCGCAGCGAGUGGCGCCCCCGCGAGGAGGAGCCCAGAAAGGGGGUCCCCAAGGCGCGGGAGGGGGGGUCCCUGCGGCGCCCCCUGCGCGUGGGGUUCCUGACGCUGCCGGCGCCGCAGGAGCGCGGCCCCCGGCCCUGCGCCCCCGGCAUGGCCCCCCGCUCGCUGUCCUGCCACGCCGUCGGGCUCCCCGACCCGGGGGGGCCCCCCCUGCGUCCCCCGGGACCCCGCAUCGGGCCCCCCGAGGGGCGCGGGCUCGAGGCACCGCCCGCCAAGAGAGGGGGCGCCCCCCGCGGGGGCUGCGUGCGGCAGACGCCCCCCCUGAAGCCCUCGCGCAGCCCCCAGACCCGGCUGUCGGCGGGGGCGGCCCCGGCCGAGCAGGGCGAGCCGGAGGAGCCGGUGUACAUCGAGAUGGUGGGGGACGCCCGGGGGGGCGCGGGGGGCGACCCCCGCCGCGGGGGGCCCGGGGGCGCGGCCCCCCCGCCCGCCGAGGAGCCCGAGGCCAUUUACGAGGAGAUGAGCUGCCCCCUGCCCGCGGGGGAGGGGCCGGCCCCGGGACACGCCCCUUUCGCGGGACACGCCCCCUUCCACGGACACGCCCCGCACGCCGCCCACGCCCCUUUCGGCGGCGCCGCGCUGCACUCCGGCCACGCCCCUUACGCGGGACACGCCCCUUUCUCUGGACACGCCCCUCAUGCCGGCCGCGCCCCUUUCAUCGGCCACGCCCCGUUUUCCGGCCCCGCCCCCAUCCCGCCUCCUUUCCCCAACCUGCUGCCGCCCCGCCCACCCCCGCUGGCCCCGCCCCCCGAGGGCGCCUCGCCCACUCCACGCCCCUCCCCCCGCACCACGCCCCGGGAGGGGCGGGUCGCGAGCGCGGGGGGGCGGGGCUCGGCCCGCUGCCCCUCCCACCUUCCGCCGAAGCUCCGCCCCCGGGGAAACGCCCACCCGCCUACGAGAGCCUGCGCGGGGGCGUGGCCUCGGCAGGCCCCGCCCUCGCCCGUGAGGAGGAGCCGCCCCUUCGCCGGGGGGGCGGAGUCUCCGCCCGGCGCGGGAAGGAGACCGAGAAGGCGCCGGAGCCCCCCCGGGAGGAGCGGGGGGGGAGCGGCCCCGCCCCCCUCGGGGAUCCCGGUGAGGGCGGAGGGGCCCCGGGGGCGGCCCGGACCCCCCCUGCCGUGCCAGACCUUCCCCGCCUGCGGGAGAGCCUCGGAGCUCCCCGGGGGUCCCCGCCUGGGCCGCUCCGCCUCCACCUCGGGGGUCCGCCAGGCCGGCGCCCCCCCGUUCCCGCGAGGCCCCCCCCCAUCGCGCCCCCUGUCCGGGGGGGUUCCCGGGCCCGGAGGGGGCUCGUUCCCCGCCGCCGCGCCCCGGCCCCGGGACGGGCAGCUGCAGGAGGUGAUCGACCGCAAGCGCUGCGUGUGCACCGAGAUCAAGGCGCGGGGGGGCCGGGGGGGGGGGCUGUGCAAGCAGGACAGCCUGCCCCCCCUGCCCGCCCCCCCCGCCUGGAAAGGGCCGGGGGCCGCUGCCAGCACCGAGGGCCGCCCCCCGCCCCCGCCGCCCCCGCCCGGGACGCCCCCGGCCCGCCGGCCCCACGCCGUGCUCUGGGACACCGCCAUCUGACCCCCCCGGGGUGCCUGGAGCACCCCAAAGCCGGGCCCCCCCUCCCCAAAAUCACUCAUGGGGGGCUGAGG